ACGAGGUUAUAUUGCACUCAGAAUAAAUUCAAACAGAAAAGGUCGUCCUGCUGUUGAGUUGAAUGAAGGACAAUUAACUUUAUUGUACAAUGAAGGAUAUACCGCUAUUAAUAUGGCAAAUCACUUAGGUUGCUCAAAAAGUACCAUUUAUAAAAAGUUACGUGAAUUAAAUAUGCUCAUGCGUGCGCGUUUUUCACAAAUAUCAGAUGAUGAAUUAAAAAUAACUGUUGCACAAAUUCAUCAAGAACAUCCCAGAGCUGGACAUAUAAUGAUGCAAUCGUAUUUAAAGGCAGCAGGAGUUUUUGUGCCCAGACAUCGAACAAGAGAAACUUUGAACGCCAUAGAUCCAAUUGGUGCUGCGAGUAGAUGGAGCCAAGCAAUAAGGAGAAGAACUUACAAAGUAGCAACUCCAAAUUCAUUAUGGCAUAUAGACGCACAUUUAAAACUGUCAAGAUGGGGUUUUGUGAUUCAUGGUUGCAUUGAUGGAUAUUCCAGAUUGAUAAUAUAUUUAGUAUGCGAAACAUCUAUUCAAGCAGAUCCUGUCGUCAAUUUCUUUGUGAAUGCAGUAAAUAGUUAUGGUCUUCCUUCACGAGUACGGUCAGAUCACGGAUACGAAAAUCUGCUUGUGGCCGUUUUAAUGAACACAAUUCGCGGCAUGCAUAGAGGAAGCCACAUAACUGGCAAAUCGGUUCAUAAUCAAAGAAUUGAACGAUUAUGA